CCACUCAGAGACCCGAUCUUGGCGGGUAUAUAAACCGGUGCCUCGCUCAGUCAGAAAUCAGAAAGCAACAAGUGAGCGAGCUAACCACAGCCAGCUGACAGCUAAAAAGUAAAAAGCAAGUGCUAUUUCCAAGUACCAAUCUUCCAAGAGAUCCGUCAAGAUGCGUUUGGGACAGACUGUACCUAACUUCAAGGCCGAGACCACCAAGGGUCCCAUCAACUUCCACGAGUGGCAGGGCAACCAGUGGGUGGUGCUCUUCUCGCACCCCGCUGACUUUACGCCGGUGUGCACCACCGAGCUGGGCAGGAUCGCCGUCCACCAGCCGGAGUUUGCCAAGCGGAACACCAAGUGCCUGGCGCACUCCGUGGACGCCCUCAACUCCCACGUUGACUGGGUGAACGACAUCAAGAGCUACUGCCUGGACAUUCCCGGGGACUUCCCCUAUCCAAUCAUCGCCGACCCCACCAGGGACCUGGCCGUUAAACUGGGCAUGCUCGAUGAGGAGCAGAAACGUGACCCGGAGGUGGGCAAGACCAUCCGUGCGCUGUUCAUCAUCAGCCCUGACCACAAGGUGCGCCUCUCCAUGUUCUACCCCAUGUCCACGGGCCGUAAUGUUGAUGAGAUCCUGAGGACCAUCGACUCGCUGCAGCUGACUGAUCGUCUCCAGGUUGUGGCCACUCCCGCCAACUGGACUCCUGGAACCAAGGUCAUGAUCCUACCCACCGUCGCCGAUGAAGAGGCCCACAAACUAUUCCCCAAGGGCUUCGACAAGGUCUCCAUGCCCUCAGGGGUUAACUACGUUCGCACCACAGAGAACUAUUAAUCAUUCCAUUAAUUUGAUACGUUUUAAUAUGUAUUCCCUGAACCCUUACCGUUGUGCCAUAAAAGAUACAUGUUGUUUAUCAAUACAAUGCAGGAUUUAUAAUAAAUGUUUGUACCAAAAUAA